GGGGAUAUGAAACUUUUAACUCACAAUAUCCUGAGUGCUGCGUGGAUGGAAAACUCAUUUCCCCAGAGAGGACCGAGGUGGAGAGAAACCUCACCAGUCACUGUGAGAAGCAGAGUGCCAACCACAAACCCGCUUAUGACCAGGGUGGUCCAGUUGAAAUCCUGCCUUUUCUCUACCUUGGUAGUGCCUAUCACGCUUCCAAGUGCGAGUUUCUUGCCAACCUGCACAUCACGGCCCUGCUCAAUGUCUCCAGGAAAAGCUCAGAGUCCUUCAAGGAGCAGUAUUGCUACAAGUGGAUCCCGGUGGAGGACAGUCAUACGGCGGACAUCAGCUCACACUUCCAGGAAGCCAUCGACUUCAUCAAUUAUGUCAGACGGACAGGGGGCAAGAUCCUGGUACACUGUGAAGCAGGGAUUUCACGGUCUCCCACAAUCUGCAUGGCAUAUCUCAUGAAGACUAAGAAGCUCCACCUGGAGGAGGCUUUUGAUUACAUCAAGCAGCGCCGAAGCCUGAUCUCACCAAACUUUGGUUUCAUGGGCCAGUUGCUACAAUACGAGUCGGAGAUCUUGUCUUCCACUCCCAGCCCCCCUGUCGCCUCGUGCAAAAGAGAAGCUGCAUCUUUCUUUGCAGAUGAACUGACGUUAGGGAAAAACUUUGAAGGCUCGUGUUUUGCCUUUCCUACCUCAGUGUUGAGUUCUGUGCCCAUCCACUCUCCCGUCCACCAGCUGAAACUCAGUCCGAUGACAGCGGAAGCAAAUCUGACAGGUGAGAAGCUGUCAUUGGAGAUGAGCUUUGGAUAUCUUCUCUGUGCCAGGGGGACGUGGCAGCAGCCCUGCCUGCACUCUGGGAAACCUUAA